CACAGAACAUAGAAUUUGGUCCACCUCGGUGACUUCGAAGCAUUUGCCCUCUCUUUUCAUUUGUGCUGGGAUAGGGAACCUCAGAUAUCAACAUGGGUAUUGAUAUCAAUCACAAAUACGACCGCAAGGUUAGGAGAACCGAGCCUAAAAGUCAAGAUGUAUAUUUACGUCUUUUAGUAAAGUUGUACAGAUAUUUGGCUAGACGUACCAACUCCAAAUUCAAUAAAAUAAUAUUGAAGAGGCUUUUCAUGAGCAAGAUCCAUCGUCCACCAAUAAGCAUUGCCAGGGUGGUAAGGUUUAUGAAAAAACCUGGUCGUGAAAAUCUUACAGCCGUCAUUGUUGGCAAUGUAACAGACGAUUCACGUAUUUGGGAACUCCCCAAACUCACCGUUUGUGCUUUGAAAGUAUCAGACAAGGCUCGUGCCAGAAUAUUGAAAGCAGGUGGAGAAGUUAUCACUUUCGAUCAACUUGCUCUGAGGUCACCAUUGGGACAAAAGACCGUUCUUAUGCAAGGACGUAGGAAUGCCAGAGAAGCCGUCAAACAUUUCGGUCCAGCCCCAGGUGUACCCCACUCACAUACCAAACCUUUCGUUAGAUCUAAGGGACCUAAAUUCGAACGCGCCAGAGGUCGCAGGAAGAGUUGUGGUUAUAAGAAAUAAGAUAAUUCUUGUAAUUGACUAUCAUUUAAUUAGUUUGCUUUGAAAUAUAACACUGUUUUAGAGUAAACUUCUUUUCUGGUAAA